GGUCAUCUAGCGUCUAUUCAUCAGCUACAAAAAUGGGGAGCCUUUCUUUAGCCGUCGUGUUUCUGGCUGCUGCCAUUAUUCAAGGGUGUCAAGCUGACUCCGUACAGUAUGAUGACCUUGACCGGUUAUACUACGGCGAUGGUGCUCCGGCAUGUCACCAUUUUAAACCAGAGAGCCCUGAUGCCAUCGUUAUAAGAUACUGGCUCUAUACAAAUAACAACAAGUACAGUCCACAGGAACUAGACAGAUACGACGCUAGCUCCAUCACUAAUUCCAACUUUCAGUCUAGUCGCGACACCAAGUUCAUCAUCCAUGGCUACACGGAUGAAUACACGUCAUCUUGGUUUCAAUCGAUGAAGAACGCCCUCGUUGAUAAGAACACGAAUGUGAUAAUGGUUGACUGGGAAGAAGGAGCGGCUCGUGUUAAUUACGCUCAGAGUAGAGCUAAUACUCGGGUAGUAGGUCAAGAUAUCGGUAAACUCAUCGAAGUGCUGAACAGCAAGGGAGCGUCUUAUAGCAGCAUGCACAUCAUCGGGCAUAGUCUAGGGGCCCAUACUGCCGGGUACGCUGGCGAGUCCAGGUCUGGCAUUGGACGACUAACUGGAUUGGAUCCAGCAGGAGCCGAGUUUACUGGAUAUGACAGCGAGUGUACCAUCGAUAAAUCAGAUGCCACCUUUGUCGAUAACAUACACACCGAUGGAGAGUUAACAGGAGCUGGACUUCUUGAUCAGCUAGGACAUCAGGAUUUCUACCCAAACGGAGGAGAAUCCCAGCCAGGAUGUGAGGGUACAAGCAUUACGGCAGCCUGCGAUCACAUGAGAGCUGUAUAUCUCUUUACAGAGAGUAUAUAUUCUAGUUGUAACUUCUCACCCACCAUGAAAUGUACUAAUUGGAGCAGCUACCCCAACUGCAACAGUUGUGGCACCUGUCCGGAGAUGGGUUACGGUGCCUUGCAGAGUAAGGGCGAAGGAGCCUACUAUCUCACGACAGAUGACGGAUCUCCAUACUGCAACUAGAGAACGUCCAUGAAGAUCACACUACAAAUAUCAAAUAAUAUCUCACAACGCAUAGAAAAUAGUAUAGCAAGACAUAUAUUAAAUACUUUCUUACGACAAAUAGCAUUCAGAGGCAUAAAUGGUAACUUGCCCUCGGGAAUGAUACUAUUUAUGCAUCCUCAUUAGCUCAUGGUUUUGGUGGACCCUCGAAAGGUAUUGAAUAUGUGUAUACCAGCUCAAGACAAAUAUAAUAUCCAUUCUGCAAGUAUAGCAGGUCCAUAAGCUUACUAUCUCACAAGAAAACUAGUAAAUACGCUAUCUCAACACAAUUAUAAAAUAUAAAUUAGGUAAGUAAAUCCGGAAUGAUAUAUCCAGAAGGUUGCAAUGCAUUAAUCACAAGCGCAUCGACAAUUUGUUUGAAUCUCACACUUCAUUCAUUUACAAAUAAAUUCACGAUAGAAGUGCGUAAAAUCUGUGAAAGCAAUGUCAGUAUCUGGAAAAGAGGACAAUGAAAAUGACCCUAAAUAGUAUAAAGAGAAGAGAUAAUAAUUCAUGUUAAAAACGUUUGAAAGUAAAAUAAAUUUGGGAAAGACAGAAAUAUUUGCCUACGCUUUAAGGUUUUGAUCACCUUUGAUAAUGAGGGAUUUUUAGAUGUAACAAAACAAAAAGAACAAAAGUUUCAGAAUAAAAAAAAUGAUAGCAAAAUCGAUAAUAAUAUUAAUAAUAAUAAUAAUAAUAACAAUAAUCAUGGUAACUCAAUAAUAAAUUAGUUGGUUGGUAUAAAGACGAAAAUAAAGCAAAUCUAUAGCUUUGUGAAAAACGGCAGGUCUUGA